AGCACGACUCGCUUAUCGCGUCACUGUGGGUUUAGGCGUUGAGCAGGAAACAGUCUUUCCUCUCGGGUUGUCGCAGUAGGAACAAACACACAUUUUUGUCUUUGCUCAAUGCACCCCUCGGCACAGAACACGCGGAAGCCGGUCAGAAGGAAAAAUGCCUCCUUCGAUAGAGAUAGCCGUCCUGCUUCUCGGCGUCCUGGCUUUGGAGACGCGCCGGAGUGCCAGCGCGCUGCACAUCCAACAGGCUUUCGCGUCUCCAAAUCAGACCAAUAACUUCGUGGUGGAUCCAGUGUCCAGAAAAGUCUACCUGGCUACCGUUAACACAAUUUACCAGCUCAAUGGGACCUUGACAGCUGAAGUGGAGAAGAGGACUGGACCGGUGGAGGACAACCUGUUGUGCCAUGCGCCACAGCUUCCCCAGGCUCCCUGCGAGCAUCCCAAAUCCCUCACUGACAAUUACAACAAGCUCCUGAAACUGGACCGGGAGCAAGGGAUCGUGGUUGCGUGCGGAUCUGUGUAUCAAGGCUUCUGUGAGCUCAGAAAAAUGGAUAAUAUUUCAGAAAUAGCGGUGGAGUUCCCACCCCAGGGUGAGAAGACUGUUUUCCCCAGCAUGCUGAACAUCGCUGCCAAUCACCCGAACGCAUCCACCGUGGGGCUCAUCUUCAAAAGCCACGGGGGAAACACCCGGCUUCUGGUUGGGGCGACAUACACAGGGGCUGGAACUCAGUUUUUCCCCAAAAACCACAGCAAAGAAGAUCUGCGUUUUGAAAACACCCCGGAGAUCGCCAUCCGCUCCUUGAACAUCAAGGAUUUAUCCAGACUUUUCACCUAUGACAUUAACCCUUCCGAGGAUAAUGUAUUCAAGAUCAAACAAGAGGUUAAAACCAAAAAUAAACUAAGCUUCGUACACGCGUUCAUCCAGAAGACUUACUCAUAUAUUGCCUUCAAUAAUGAUGCGAAAAUGGGCCACAAGGAGAGCCAGCCCAACAGCAUCCUCGCGAGGAUAUGCCUGGACACCGAGAACCCCCGAAAAUCCACCGGGCCAGAGAGCAGGAAGCUCACUGAAUCCUACAUCCAGAUGCCUUUACAGUGUGGAUUUAACGGGAACUUUUACAACCGGGUGUUGUCCGUGUACCCCACGGAGAUCCACGCAGGUGAUGGGAAAAGCCCCGAGCCAUACUUGUUUGGAGUGUUUUCUAAGGGAGACAGAAAGUCUGCACUUUGCGCUUUCAAGUUUGGAGACAUCGAGGAGGAGAUACGGCAAGGCCGCAGGAACUGCUCAAACUCUCCCAGCAGCGACGUUCAGGUGCUGGACAGUGUGAUACAGGGCUCCGGUUCAGCCUGCAUCCAGAAGGGAAACCUUGUGUUGCAGCCCGAGCAGCUGGACUGCGGUGCAGCCCACCUGCAGCACCCACUGGCAUUACAAAGACCCCUUAGGGCCAUUCCUCUGCUUGAAUACCCGGGUCUCAGUUCAGUCUCUGUGGACAACGUGCAAAACCACACCGUGGUUUUUCUGGGAACCAGUAAUGGACGACUUCGUAAGCUGACUCUGCUACCGAACAUGACCACAGCCAAUCAGUGGAUGCUGAAGCUGCGAGCCAACGAAGCAGUACACCACAUCAUGACCUUCGAUCCCAACGACAGCAACUUUCUUUAUGUCAUGACCUCUCAUCAUAUGCUGAGAGUAAAAGUGGCAGAUUGUGAUCAGUGGAAGAGCUGCAGUGACUGUUUGGGAGCAGGUGACGCCCAUUGUGGUUGGUGCACACUGGAGAAUAGAUGUACCAUCCAGAAGGAGUGCGCUCAGGGGCUGCUGGCCCGUUCUUGGAUCAGCAUGGGUGAAGGCCCCCAACAGUGUCCUUCCAUGACCCUGACACCCGCUGAGAUUAGCAUCUCGGCAGACAUCAAGGAUGUUGGCAUCUUGAUAAACGGCAGCGUUCCUGAUCUGAUUGGUUCCCGGGUGGAGUGUGAAUACGAGCCGGGGGUUUCUACAGUCGCCACGGUGCACCUGGACUCCGGUCCCUCUCAGAUCCAAACCUGCCCUCUCCUCCCUCGAAAAAGCUAUCAACCAAUCCUCCCCGGCAAAGAUCACCUGACGGUUUCUGUGGCGAUAAAAGUAAAUGGCACAUCUGUGGUAUCUGGGAGCUUCAUCAUCUAUGACUGCGAGAGGACUGGAAAAAUACAUCCGAAGACACCAUGUAUGAGCUGCCUGAGCACAAGGUGGAAGUGUUACUGGGACCAAAACAAGCACCUAUGCGUCUCCAGUAAAGAUGACGCGAAUCAAAACCUGCUUGAGAAUGCCGCUUCCUGCCCCAGCCUGGUUUCCUCUGAGGUUCCUCCAUCGCCAUCAGGAAUGGUCCAAGACUUCACGUUAUCCCUCAGCAACAUCCAGGAGAAUGAGAAGCUGGAGUGUGACUUUGGAACAGAGCAGCGAUAUGAGGCCACAUGGCUGAACAGCACGACUGUCAAGUGUAGUGGAGUGACGCUUUCCACUAAUCAGAGGAGUCAGAUUUACCACCUUAACCUGAGGAGGCGAGGAGCCUUUAUCAGACAUCGAGAGGAUGUAUUCAUUGACAGCCCCCAGCCUAUGAAAGUGGAAGUGUACAACUGUGGUGUGGGUAGCUCGGACUGUUCCCAGUGCUGGGGUCGGGAGGAUCAGGGACACCUCUGUGGCUGGUGUGACAGCAUCUGCAAGCCAAGGGAUGAAUGUCAGCCAAUCAGGGAUCAGUGUCCUAAUCCUGAGAUCCAUGAGAUUUCCCCUCUAAGUGGUCCAGUGGAAGGAGGCACCCUGCUGACAGUUCAGGGCAGGAACCUGGGCAGGAGGGCUAAAGCAGUGAGAGUCUCUAUAGGAGAUGUGAACUGUACUCUGCUGCCUCAGUUCUACACUGUCUCCACAGAGCUGGUGUGUGUCACUGGGAGGGCUGCAGAUAACAGGAGCGAUAUUGUCCAAGUGGAUGUGGAGCAGAGUGGGAUGGGGAAGUCAAAGGAGACCUUCUCAUAUUUAAUCCCAAAGCUACUGUCCAUGGAGCCGGAGCGGGGCUUGCGUGCUGGAGGAACCAAAGUGACCAUCAAUGGGGAACACCUUAACAUUGGAUCUGAGGUUAAAGUCAAGGUCAACACAACACAGGAAUGCAUUAUCACUAAGAAAACAGCUCGAACAAUUGAAUGCAUCAUGCCUCCUGCCUCACAGGCACACACUGACCCAGUAACAGUGUGUGUAGAGUUUGAGAACAAAACUUGUGAGGGUCCAGAGCUUAGCACCACAUACACCUAUGAGAGGAACCCCACUAUCACCUCCAUCCACCCCAAAAUGAGCUUCCGCAGUGGUGGCAGGAACAUCACAGUGACAGGCCAGGGUUUUGAUCUGGUACAGAGUGUCACCAUGCAGGUGGUGGGAAUUGGACAUUCACAGUGUGAAGUGCUCACCCCCUCCACAAUUGCCUGCCGCUCUCCUCCAUCCAACCAAUCCCAGCCGACCUCAGUGCAGUUCUUGCUGAAUGGAGUCCUUUACACGAAUGACAGGCCGCCUUUCUCGUCUGAUACCGAUGACGAAGAAGAAGAGGAGGAACCUCACAUAGGUCACUUUCCCUUGGAAUAUGUGGAGGAUCCUCAGUUCUUCACCGCCAACAAGGAGAAGCUAAUCAAACACCAUUCAGGGGAGCAGCUGACACUCAUCAUCAAUAAAGUACCAAGCGAUCUGGAGCUGAUGCCGGAGGAAUACUCAGUGAUGAUUGGCUCCUAUCCCUGCAACAUCACUUUUCACAAUGACCAGCUGUUCCACUGCACUAUCAACGGACUAUCCAGCUCCAGCGAAAGGGAGCUUCCUGUCUUUGUGCAAGUGGGGAACUUUCGACGCAAAGUUGCCACAGUGCAGCUCGGCGGCAGCGAGAUGGCCAUCGUGGUAUCCAUUGUGGUGUGCUGUGUGCUGCUGCUGCUGUGCACUGUGGCUCUGGUAGUGUACUGCACAAAGAGCCGAAGGGCAGAACGCUACUGGCAGAAAACGCUACUCCAAAUGGAGGAGAUGGAGUCCCAGAUCAGAGAGGAGAUCCGUAAAGGCUUUGCAGAACUCCAGACCGACAUGACAGACCUGACCAAGGAACUGAAUCGCAGCCAGGGCAUCCCCUUUUUGGAGUACAAACAGUUUGUCACACGCACCUUCUUCCCCAAGAUGUGCUCAGAUUACGAGAAAAGUCUGGUCCAACCUGUCUACGAGAAUGAUGCUCUGGGGCCUCGAGCUUUACCAGAGACCCACCCGCUGCUGCAGGAUUGGCAGGCCACCAACACAACAAGGCCUAACAUAGAAGAGGGCAUCACUCUGUUCUCCACUCUCCUCAACAACAAACACUUCCUGAUCACGUUCGUCCAUGCCCUGGAGCAGCAGAAAGACUUUGCUGUGCGGGACAGAUGCAGUCUGGCGUCCUUGCUCACCAUCGCCCUCCAUGGCAAGCUGGAGUACUACACCAGUAUCAUGAAAGAUCUGCUGGUGGACCUGAUUGAUGCGUCGGCUUCCAAAAACCCCAAACUAAUGCUUCGCCGGACUGAGUCCGUAGUGGAGAAAAUGCUAACCAACUGGAUGUCCAUCUGCAUGUAUAGCUACCUCAAGGAAACAGUGGGUGAGCCUUUUUUCCUGCUGCUGUGUGCAAUCAAGCAGCAGAUCAACAAGGGCUCAAUAGACGCCAUCACAGGAAAAGCCCGCUACACCCUCAAUGAGGAGUGGCUGCUACGUGAGAAUAUUGAGGCCAAGCCACAGAACAUCAACGUGUCCUUCCAGGGCUGUGGCAUGGACUCCCUAUCUGUCAGGGUCAUGAACACAGACACGAUCUGCCAAGUUAAGGAAAAAAUCAUUGAAGCCUUUUAUAAAAACCUCCCAUUCUCCCAGUGGCCUCGGGCCGAGGAUGUCGACCUGGAGUGGUUUGACUCAGGCAGCAACAGUAAGCUUUUGCAGGAUCUAGACAACUCCUCAGUGAUGGAGGACGGCCGAAAGAAACUCAACACAGUCUUCCAUUACCAGAUCCCAGAGGGGGCAUCGCUGGCCAUGAGCAUGCAAGACAAGAAAGAGAACACCCUGGGGAGAGUUAAAGAUCUGGAUACUGAGAAGUAUGUACACUUGGUGCUACCUCACGAUGAGCUAAUGGAGAACAAGAGGUCACACAGGCAGAGUCAUCGCAAGAAAGUCCUGCCUGAAAUCUACCUGACACGCCUGCUGUCUACAAAGGGAACUCUUCAGAAGUUCUUGGAUGACCUCUUUCAGGCCAUCCUCAGCAUCCCUCCAGACCGCCCUCCUCUGGCUGUUAAAUACUUUUUUGACUUCCUGGAGGAACAGGCUGACAAACGGGGCAUCACAGACCCAGACACCCUGCACAUUUGGAAGACCAACAGUUUACCGCUGCGGUUCUGGGUAAACAUCCUGAAGAAUCCUCAGUUUGUGUUUGACAUUGAUAAGACAGAUCACAUGGACGCAUGUCUAUCUGUCAUCGCCCAGGCCUUCAUCGAUGCCUGCUCCAUUUCUGACCUGCAACUAGGCAAAGACUCGCCUACCAACAAGCUGCUGUAUGCCAAGGAGAUCCCAGAGUAUAAGAAGAGAGUGCAAUGCUAUUACCAGCAGAUACAAGACAUGCCACCCCUCAGCGAGCAGGAGAUGAAUGCUCACCUGGCUGAGGAGUCACGAAAAUACAGAAAUGAAUUCAACACCAACCUGGCCUUGACAGAAAUCUACAAAUAUGCCAAGAGAUACAGAAACCAGGUGGUGAACGCUCUGGAGUCGAACCCCACUGCACGUCGCACUCAGCUGCACCACAAGUUUGAGCAGGUCAUUGCCCUUGUGGAGGACAACAUCUAUGAGUGCUGCAGUGAAGCCUGAACCUGCCAAUAUCUUCUGCUCACAAUCUCUUCCUCCUGCUGCCAACUGCCUUUCUCCCACUUACGUGGUUACUUGGGAAUGUCGGUCACAGGAGUUAUCCGUCUUAAGUGUUAUUAUUCUUCAAGCAAACUGUUACCAGGAUGGAAAGCGACAGAGCAAAGGAUUCAAACCUGCCUGUUAAGCAUCAUACAUUUGCAAAGUAUCCCUCCUUUCUUGUGGGGAUGCCAAGAAAUUUUCCCAAAUAUUAAUCCAUGAAACAGACGCAGUUCCGACUGGACUCUACUAAGCUUUAGAGGGAAUGUGUGGGAGCUCAGAGAUGGGGGUUUUGGGAUGUCUUUACAGUUACUGGGACCUACAGUUCGCCCUGGUGGCAACCUUAACGCACUGAACCCUUUUCUGAAGGGAACAAGCCAAUGAUGCACUGUACUGUAAUAUAAUGUCCAUAGCAAUAUUUAUAGAUGUGUUAUAAUGCUUUCAAGUGGCCUGUUCAUCAGGAUUAGUAGGACCAUGAUAAACUCCUCUCAUCUCCUAAAGCCUGCAACGUUCUCAGGUGUGAUUGGUGAAGAUGGGCGUUGGACUUUCAUUGGUGCUUUCAACAAUAUGUCCCAAUGUGCUUCGCAGGUUGAUGACGGGUUGCGGAGGAGUGGGGCGACGAAUAUAAAUGACUGAAAUUUAUGAAAUCAAAUGUAAUGUAGUUCACUGGGAAGAGCUGCAUCAGUAUAUAAGUGUUGAUCUGUGUGCUUGUCAAUGAAUGGUAAUCAUGUUGGAUUCUGAUCAAAUUUAAAAGAGGGAAAUUUACAUUUAAGAAAAAAAAAAGUGAGCUCAAUAUAAUCAGAGGAGAGACUGUAUUUGUGAUGCCAAAUGACUUGUCAGAGUUUGUGAAAUAAAUUACAGUAUUUAGGAUUUUAAA